AAAUAAGUGUUGUGAAUGAAUCUGACCUGGUCACUUCUCUUCCCUCCUUGAGACAAGCACAAGUACUCUUCUGAUUUCACCUUUUACAGUAUUGCAGAGUAAGGGGUAUUGAGAAUAUCUGUGAAAAAAAUGAAAACAAAGAGCUUUUCACGUCACACCACAGAAAAAGACAAUGUAGAAGGAAUAUCUUUCAGACCGAGGAGAGAGAGUGCAUCUUGGAGAAAUAACGCAAAUAUGACCAUGAGUUCAUUUCCUGAAAACCCUGCAGUUCCAGACUACAGAGAAACGGAGCCCCCCAUCAAACAACCAAACAAAUAUCAUGCUAGCAUGAAGACCCUGAUCCCAAUCCGCUUCAGCUCUGGUUCAAACCCCAUGGACGAAGCAGGGUUCUUCUCCUUCACCUCAUUUGCAUGGAUGACCCCCAUGAUGUGGAAGCUUUUCAGAAACCGUUUGGAUAUGAACUCUUUCAGCCUCUCUCCCUAUGAUGGAGCCCACAAAAAUGGCAAAAGGCUCAAGAGGAUUUGGGAUGAAGAGGUGGAACGUAAAGGCAUUGAGAAAGCCUCUCUCUCCUCAGUAGUGAUGCGUUUCCAGAGGACACGCUUCAUAGUGUCUUUCUUCAUCUCUGUCCUCUUCACAUUUGCAGUAUUUAUUGGACCGGCUAUUCUAGUGUAUAAAAUCCUGAGGUAUGCAGAGGAGCCUGACUCGUCAACGCUGCUGUAUGGCGUGGGGCUGUGUGUGGCCCUGUUCGUCACUGAAUUCUGUAAAGCAUUCUUUGCCUCACUUUUCUGGGCCGUGAACCUGCGUACUGCCAUACGAAUGAAAGGAGCAUUCAGCAUACUUGCCUUUGAGAAAAUCAUCUCCCUUAGAACACUCAACGGCAUCACAGUGGGAGAGAUGAUCAACGUAUUGACGAGUGACGGCUAUCGUAUGUUUGAAGCGGUGAUUUUUGGCACGUUUCUGUUGUGUGUCCCUGUGCUGCUGGUUGUGUGCAUCAUCUAUUCUUGCUUCAUCCUGGGCUACACAGCUCUUAUAGGAGUCUUGACCUUCUUGAUCUUUAUACCUAUACAGUUCUUCGUUGCCAGACUGAUCAAUGUGUUCCGGAGGAGGGCUAUCUCUGUCACGGACAAACGUGUUCGCACUAUGAAUGAAGUUUUGACAUGCAUCAAACUCAUUAAGAUGUAUGCAUGGGAAGAGUCUUUUGAAAAGAAAAUCACAGACAUUAGGAAGAAGGAGAGAUUGCUGUUGGAAAAAGCAGGAUAUGUUCAGAGUGUGAACUCUUCCUUAACAACACUAGUUCCGACUCUGGCCACCAUCUUCACCUUCAUUGUGCACACUACGAUUGGACUCCCUCUGCAACCCUCUGCGGCAUACACCAUCAUUGCUGUGUUUAACUCAAUGCGGAUGUCUAUGGGUCUCCUGCCAUUCUCUGUAAAAUCCCUAGCUGAAUCUAAAGUGGCCUUGGCACGACUAAAGAGGCUCCUCUUGGUAAAGGAUCCCGACCCAUAUCUGAUCCAGAACAAUGACUUGGAUGCUGCUUUAAUGAUGAAUAAAGCUUCAUUUGCCUGGGGUGUUCCAGACGUCUCUACUUCAGAGUCCCCCAGCAGACCUGUGGCUAAUGGGUUGAAGAGGGAUGAAGUGUUACCAACAGAAGUCACUCAGAACGACACUCACACACCACACACCAACCCAACACUGAGGAACAUCACUUUCACCCUGCCCAAGGGAAAUCUGCUUGGAGUUUGUGGCAAUGUUGGAAGUGGAAAAACAUCAUUGAUUUCAAGCAUACUCGAGCAGAUGCACCUUCAGAGUGGGUCAGUGUCUGCAAACGGAACAUUCGCAUAUGUUUCCCAGCAGGCCUGGAUCUUCCAUGGAACUGUACGAGAUAACAUUCUAAUGGGAGAACCCUUUGACCAGGAGAGGUAUGACCAGGUUAUCCAUGCCUGUAGCCUAAGUCCAGAUUUGGCCAUUCUUCCAUACGGUGACCACACAGAGAUUGGAGAGCGUGGUCUGAACUUGUCUGGUGGUCAGAAGCAGAGGGUCAGUCUAGCAAGAGCAGUCUACUCUAAGAGAGACAUCUUCCUGUUGGAUGACCCUCUCUCUGCAGUUGAUGCUCACGUAGGCAAGCACAUUUUUGAGGAGUGCAUCAAAAAAGAGCUGAGGGGCAAGUCUGUGAUUCUGGUCACACAUCAACUCCAGUAUUUGGAGUUCUGUGAUGAGAUUUUGCUGUUGGAGAAUGGAGAGAUUAAGGAAGCAGGAACACACAGAACUUUGAUGAAAGCAAAGGGGCGAUAUGCCCAACUCAUCACCAACUUCCAGCUGGAACAAAGCAGUGAGAGGAAAGAGGAAGCCUCCACAAUUCCUUCUGAUUCCAGACAGGAGGGCCAGGAUGACUCUAAAGCCAAUGGAAUUGUAAACCCAGCAUUUGAUAUGUCUGAUGAGAAAGUUAAUCCAGAUGACUCAGUAAAAGAAGCUCCAAAAACGAAAGAGGGCAAAGAUCAGCUGGUCACAAAGGAGGUUUCUCAGGAAGGAUCAGUCACCCUGAGAACCUACCACCGGUACUGCAUGGCUGCUGGAGGUUACUUUCUGUUGCUCUUUGUCAUAUUGAUCUUCAUCCUGCUGGUAGGAUCAACUGCCUUCAGCAACUGGUGGCUCAGUUACUGGCUACAUGAAGGCUCUGGGAAUAGCACAGGCUCUGGCAACAUCUCUGAGAAUCCAGAUCUGGGGUUCUAUCAGAUGAUUUAUGGAGUGACUGUGAUCGCCAUGUUAGUGCUGAGUGUGGCCAAAGGCUAUACUUUCACUAAAGUCACACUACAUGCCUCCUCAAAACUCCAUGACACCAUGUUCAAGAGGAUCCUGGCCAGUCCCAUGAGCUUUUUUGACACAACCCCUACUGGCCGUAUGAUUAAUCGCUUCAGCAAGGACCAGGAUGAGAUAGACGCAGUCCUGCCAUUCAACAUGGAGAACUUCCUGCAGUUCUGCCUGAUGGUCACCUACACCAUCCUGACUGUUUGUAUUGUAUUUCCAUACCUCCUCAUCGCUGUGGCAGUCCUGGGGGUCAUCUUCACUGUUAUCCUCUACAUCUUCCAGAGGAGUAUUCGAGAGAUGAAGCGAAUGGAAAACGUGAGCCGUUCUCCUUGGAUCUCCCUUACCACCUCAGUCAUCCAGGGCCUCAGCACCAUCCAUGCCUACAACAAGAGAGCGCAGUACAUUCAACAGUUCAAAGUGGUAAGUGACCACAACUCCAAUCACUUCCUGAUGUUUAACUGUGGAACACGUUGGCUGUCCUUCUGGUUGGACUUCCUAUCUGCCACUGUUGCCCUGUUGGUGGCGCUGUUGGUAGUGCUCACCCCUAAUGAUGCCAUCAACCCAGCAAUCAAGGGUCUGGCCCUCUCCUAUACUAUACAGCUGACAGGCAUGUUGCAGUACGUCGUCAGGCUCUCUACAGAAGUGGAGGCUAAGUUCACCUCAGUGGAGAGACUGCAGGAGUACAUCACUGGCUGUGUUUCUGAGGCACCGCGCAAAGUGAAAGAUGUCAGCAUUCCUUCUGGCUGGCCACAAGAGGGCGCUAUUACUUUUAAAGACUACAGCAUGAGAUACCGAGAGAACACACCUAUAGUGCUGGAUAACCUCAACCUCGCAAUUAAGCCACGAGAGAAGCUUGGUAUAGUUGGACGAACAGGAUCAGGCAAGUCGUCCCUGGGCGUGGCACUGUUCCGGCUGGUGGAGCCGGCAGGAGGCACCAUUUUGAUUGACAAUGUGGACACCAGCACUUUAGGCCUGCAGGACUUGCGAAGUCAGCUGUCUAUCAUCCCACAAGACCCUGUCCUCUUCAUUGGCACAAUCAGGUAUAACCUCGACCCGUUUAAUAACUACUCAGAUGAGGAGAUCUGGAUGGCUUUGGAGAAAACGUAUAUGAAAGAAACUAUCUCGAAGUUGCCAGAGAAGCUGGAGUCGGCAGUAGUGGAGAAUGGAGAGAAUUUCUCUGUAGGAGAAAGGCAGCUCAUGUGCAUGGCACGAGCACUGCUCCGCAAUUCUAAAAUCAUUCUACUGGAUGAGGCAACAGCAUCUAUAGACUCUGAGACAGAUAGCUUGAUUCAGCACACAAUCAGAGAUGCCUUCCAGCACUGCACCAUGCUGACCAUAGCCCACCGCAUCAACACUGUACUGGUGUGUGACCGCAUCCUUGUUAUGGACAUGGGCAAGGCUGUUGAAUUCGACCAGCCGCAGGAUCUCAUCCAGAGACCAAACUCUGUCUUUGCAGCACUACUAGCAGCAGCCAAUAGCAUCAACUCCUGAAACACACAUACACACAUUUUCUUUCUGCCUGUGGUAUACUCAUCAUUAGCUGCAUUGGGAGUCGUCCGUUCGUAUCUCAGUAUAUAACUGCUGAACAGAUGAGGGUGAGAUGAUGUGUGCUUCAGUUUUAUUUACAAAGGAGGGGUCCAGCAUACAGCCAGGUGUUACAGUACGAAAAGCUUUUUUUAAAAGAGGGUUUUAUCUAGAACAUCGUUAAGCUCAGAACUUGUUUUGGUUUCCGAACCAGUCAGGUUGCAUUUGGAAUCUUUGUCAGUGGGUUCUACGCAUAACUGAUUUUAAAACAUCUCAGCGUGACAGAAUUUGCCUGUCUAAAGCUGUGGAAAGGUGCUAUAUUCAUGAUUGAUUUAUUAUAUCAGAGAUAUAGCUGUAUCACUGGUUGCAUUUUUAUGUGCUUUAAAGACACUUGUACUGUAAAUUUCUGCCUUAUUUAAGUCCCUAAAUCGUGUAUGUACUUUAGUGCUAAUUAUGCACCUCUACUGAGACUACUGGUUAUAGCAACAUGAUUUGCACAUUUUCUCUAUUUUAUAGAAAAUAAACCUCUGCUUUUUUUCAUUCUCAGUUCAAGACUGAGUCCAGCUAGCAGACUGUUUUUGGUACCUGCUUAAGAACAGUACUGAUGCUACAUUACAGGACCCAGUAAAAAGUAGCUGCAUGUACAUUUUCCAUGCUUGGUUUAAGUGAACCGCUUGUAGCAAAACUGUUUCUGUAGCAUCCCCCUGGACCUUUUAAGCAGUUUGUACCAUUUUCAUCUUUCAAUUCUCAUAGGGCUAAAACUGAUAUGUAUAUACACAUAAGGUAUUUAUUUUAUUUUUUUUUUCUAUGUAUUUGAAGACAUGCCACAUGAUUUGCUGGAGUAAUAAUCAAAGAUGUUUUAAUAAAAGUUGCACUAUAAAAAGUGAAAA